AUGCCCUCCUUGCCAUGCCCUCCUUGCCAUGCCCUCCUUCCAUGCCCUCCUUGCCAUGCCCUCGCAUCUGCGUCCCUGCACUAUCCUUCCCAGUCCACUCUCCUGUACGCAGGCAUAGCAGCGGUCGUGCUCUCGCGCUUGCAAAUGAAGCUCCCACAGUUUGGGGGUAAGGCACGCAGUCAGAAGGGCAAGUCGCCGCCAGUGCUGUUUGCUGACGUGGCAGGGGUGGAUGAGGCGAAAGAGGAGCUAGAGGAGAUCGUGGAGUAUCUCCGCACGCCGGAGCGUUUCACUCGACUGGGGGCCAGACCUCCCAGAGGAGUGCUGCUGGUGAGGGCGUGUGCUGUGCUGCUGGUGAGGGCGUGUGCUGUGCUGCUGGUGAGGGCGUGUGCUGUGCUGCCUGCUGGCUCAUGGUUCCCUCACACAAUGUUGCUUGCUUGUAUGCUUUUCCACCUUCAGUGGCGUGGUCUCAAAUUUGAUGCUUUCGAUCGACUGAAAAGUCACCUCGUUCACCUCGUUCCAUCCCCUCUGUCUCUCCCUCGACAGAUUGAUGCAGUGGCCAAGAUCGAUGCAGUGGCCAAGGUGCGGGAUGGGCGCAUGCGCAGUGUGGGAAACGACGAGAGGGAGCAGACCCUGAACCAGCUGCUCACUGAGAUGGACGGGUUUGACAGCAGCACUGCAGUCAUUGUCCUCGCAGCCACCAACAGGGCAGACGUCAUCGACCCCGCCCUGCGCCGCCCAGGGCGGUUCGACCGGAUUGUAGCGGUGGAGCCUCCGGAUCGCAAGGGGAGGGAGGCCAUACUGACGGUGCAUGUGGAGCACAAGGAGCUACCUCUGAGCACCGAUGUGGACAUUCAGGAAAUCGCUGUCGCCACCAGCGGAUUUACGGGGGCUGAUUUGGCGAAUCUGGUGAACGAGGCAGCGCUGCUGGCAGCAAGGAGGGACCACGAGGAGGUCACUAAGCAGGACUUUGAUAGUGCUGUUGAACGGGCUCUUGCGGGAAUUGAGAAGAAACGGUCAGCUUUGGGCCGGGCAGAAAAAGCUGUGGUAGCACGGCAUGAAGCAGGCCAUGCGCUGCUGGGGGCAGCCAUUGCAAAAGUUUUACCUGACCAACGGGUAGUCCAAAAAAUCUCCAUCGUACCCCGGUCGGGCGGCGCAUUAGGAUUCGCCUACAUGCCGCCCCCAGCGGACGGCGAGGAGCGUCUUCUAGUGUUUGUCGACGAGCUCCGUGGCCAGCUCGCCGUCCUUCUAGGGGGCCGGGCGGCAGAAGACGUCUGUUUUGGCGGGAGAAUCUCUACAGGAGCAGUAGACGACAUUCGCCGUGCUACAGACGAGGGUUUGGACGGAGGGGGAGGGUUUUCCUGGGGGGGGAAGGACCAGGGGAGGCUGUCGGACCAGGUGCAGGAUGAGGUGCAACAGCUGCUGCAGGCGGCUCUAGAGGUGGCCCGGGCGGUGCUGGUGUGCAACAAAGGGCUUCUGGAAGACCUGGGAAGGACGCUGCAAGGGGAGGUUGUCGGAUUGGAUGAGGUGCAGGAUGAGGUGCAACAGCUGCUGCAGGAUGCUUUAGAGGUGGCGCGGGCUGUGCUGGUGUGCAACAGAGGGCUGCUGGAAGACCUGGGAAGGACGCUGCAAGAUAAUGAGACGGUGGAGGGAGCAGCUCUGAGUGCUUGGCUGGCGCAAGUAGAGAUGACGGCCAUGAAAGGCUCGCCGAUCGACGCGCUGAUUCAGAACUGCCUGCUGCAGGAGCGGUCCGGCGAGAAGACGUUCCAGUAUAACGCCAAGGACCAGUCGGCUUAUACGUUAAAGUGGUCCUUCCAUAACGAGUUAGGGUUGGUGUUCGUGGCGGUGUAUCAACGUAUGCUGCAGUUGCUUUAUGUGGAUGAUCUGUUGACAGCUGUUAGGGAUGAGUUUGCGGAUGGACACUACGAUCCGAAGAAAACGUCUUACCCGGAUUUCGACGACGUUUUCAAGCAGCUGCUUCGCGAAUCUGAACAGCAUGCGAACGAGUUGAAGCGGCCGAAGCAGGUUACCAAUUUCGGCGAGACGAAAAAGGGUAAAGGCAUGAAUAAGGCCACGGGAGCGGGGAAAGGGAAAGGAACAGGAGCCAAUCAGAGAAAGGGAGGCGUGGCGAAAGAUGGCGGAGACAGUGGGAGCGACGAUACCGGCGAUGAGGACGGAGCGGCUAACAGCGAGGCCGAGCAGCCGGCUAGCCGUCCCAGCAGCAGCUCGGCCGUCUCCUCCGCCGGCGCGUUUGACGUCUCGAAGCUGCGUAACCGCGCGAACCGCAGCAAGCAGGCUUCGGCGAAGAAAACCGGUAACGGGCUUUUCGAUUUCCCGCUGAAUCCCGCCAAGGGCGGCGGGAAAUCCGACGGAAAAACCGACGGAAGCGCGUCGGAAAGCGAAUCAAAGAAACCGAAGAAGCAGAUGCGGAAGUGGGAUAACGACGGGCCGGCUCUGGAGCGGCAGGACUUCUCGGAAGCUUCGGAUCACGACACUGACGUGGAGGUUGUUGACGUGGCAAAGGUGGGGAAGAGCAUGAUGGACCGAGAAGCUGAGCUGGAGGAAGAGGAGGACGCGGAGUGGGGAGGGGAGGAUGAGGAUGAGGAGUCGGAGGAGGAAGGGGAGAGGGACCGGAAGGGGUCGCGCAGGCACGUGGGUCGCGGGGAUGAUGGCAGUGAAGGGAAGAAGACCGGCUGGCUUGCUUCUGUUUUCCAGAGCGUGGUGGGGAAGGCGUCUCUCGAACUGGCGGACAUAGAGCCGUCGCUCAAGGUGCUCAAGGAUCGCCUCAUGACCAAGAACGUGGCGGAGGAGAUAGCGGAGAAGCUUUGCCGCUCGGUGGCGUCGAGCCUGGUGGGCAGCAAGCACGCAUCCUUCACACGCAUCUCCUCCACCGUGCAGGCGGCCAUGGAGGAUGCGCUCACCCGCAUUCUCACGCCCAAGCGCUCCAUCGACAUUCUGCGUGACGUGCAGGCUGCGAAAGAAGCUGACCGCCCCUACGUGGUGGUGUUUGUGGGGGUGAACGGGGUGGGAAAGUCCACCAACCUGGCCAAGGCUGCCAAGGAGGCAAAUCGGCCCUACGUGGUGGUGUUUGUGGGGGUGAACGGGGUGGGCAAGUCCACCAACCUGGCCAAGGUGGCCUACUGGCUGUCGCAGCACGACAUCAAGGUGAUGGUGGCGGCGUGCGACACCUUCCGUGCGGGGGCUGUGGAGCAGCUCCGAACUCAUGCUAGGAGGCUGCAGAUCCCUCUGUUUGAGCGGGGGUACGAGAAGGACCCAGCGGCGGUGGCAAAGGAGGCGAUCAGGGAGGCGACGCGCACCAAGAUGGAUGCAGUGCUGGUGGACACGGCGGGGCGCAUGCAGGACAACGAGCCGCUCAUGCGAGCGCUCUCCAAACUGAUUAACAUCAACGAGCCUGAUCUGGUUCUGUUUGUGGGGGAGGCACUGGUGGGCAACGAUGCAGUGGAUCAGCUGACCAAGUUCAACCAGCGCUUGGCUGACCUCUCCUCUGCUCCCACUCCCCACGCCAUUGACGGCAUUUUACUCACCAAGUUUGACACUAUAGAUGAUAAGGUUGGUGCUGCCCUGUCCAUGGUGUAUGUAUCAGGGGCGCCCAUCAUUUUUGUCGGCUGUGGUCAGACAUACACUGACCUGCGCCGCCUAAAUGUGAAGCACAUUAUCCGUGCGCUGCUGCAGUAG